AGCGGAAGGACACGCACCUCGUGGGCGAAACACGCAACUGGUGGUGGGGGCCGAAGUGGGGGACCAUCACUGAUCAUCGUGUACGCGCUCAGCUACUCGGCUACGUAGCAGUUCUUGUUUUUCGCCUUUUCUUUAUGUUAUUUCUUUAUUUUUGCGUGUUUCUUUUUCGUUGUAGUUUUAUUAGUUCUUCGCUGUCCCGAGUUUGGCUAGUCCGUCCGGGACCGGCUGCAUUUUUUUUGCCAGCAUCCAGGAUGUCAAAUGUGUGCGCGAAUGACCAUGAUGAUGAUCUGGAAGGAAUCCUGUCCGAUUUCGAGGAACUGAAAAGGUCCUUUGACACUGAAGACUUGUGUGAGAUCCCUACUUUCUCUCCCACCUCCACAAACAAAUCUCCAUUAAAUCAGUGUCCAUCCUUGGGCAGAGAUAUGGAUAGAAAAGCACAAGAUACUUACAUUUAUCCAGCUUCUCAAUCACUUAUUGGUGUCAGUUCCAUCCUGGCAGAGAGCAAAGAGAUGAAGAACACAAUGACUUCCAGCCUCCUCUUCAACUCUGUAACCACUGCAAAAACCAAUGAGAGAGCAGCUUCCGGAGUCUAUAGAGUUUCCUCCUUUAAGAGCAAAUUCAGUCCAAACACCUCAUCUUCUUCCUCUGGACUUGAGAGUGACAAUGAAAGCCUUCAUAGUUCUUCUUCCAGCUUGGACUACCAGGCCUCCACCAGAAUGAGCUCUCAUGCUGGGUCUGCUAUGCAAGUGAAUGAAUACAAAACCUUAGAUUGUCCUUCCCUAAUGAAAUUCUCCUCACAUGGCAACAUGUUCCAUUCAGGUUUUGAAGCACCCUUAGCAAGUGAAUGCAUUAAAGUUAACCAUGGCUCCAUGUCCUCCCUGGAUCAAAAUAUUUAUGAAAGCAUAGAUGUUCAAAGUGCUGCUUCUUUAGGUCAUAGAUAUGACAACCAGGGAUUCCCACGGAAUUCGGUUCCCGAAUGGCAGAAAAGCAGUGAUUUUGGAGUGGAUGUCUCUUUUUCUCAGAGUCCAUGGCCUUCUAAACACAAGGACUUUACAAAGAUAAACAAAUAUCCUUUUGAUCUGGAUAACCUGGACAUCAAGCCUCAAGAAUCACCUGCUGAAGUCAUUUCCAUGCCCCAGUCAAUCUCAAGGUCUAACCUCAAAAAAAGCAGCCUGCCCAUGACAGCUGUGUCUUCUAACUUAUUCAGGAAAGGCAGUACAUUCAUGCAGUCUGUCCAGGACCAGGGGAAGAAACAACCCAUGUUUUCAUCUGGCUAUUGCCCAAUACCUGAUGCCAACAGAAAUUUCUCCGCUCCUUUCUCUUCAGCUCAGGCUCCUUAUGUCAAGUUGGCCUCACACCAACAGAUGGCAGACAUCAACCCAGUGACUCCUCUUGCAGCUGCUCAGGUGAAUCUCACGUUUGAGCCUGAGCAGGGAACAACAGUGAAGGACAGUGUAGGGUCAAUAAUUCAGAAGAUUGCUUCCUUUGCAAGUGUUGACAGGUCCAGACCUUGUAAGAACAGCAGCCUCCCUGUACAACCUCAGUCAUCACUGAGAUAUUUCAAGAGAGAAACAGACACGCAACAGGGCUUGGAGCCACAAGUCCAGAUGGAGGAGAGUGAGGUAGAGAAGAUUGAUGAGAUCCCAUGCACCAGCAAUUCCAGCCUAGAGGACCACACCAGGGAUCACGGGUUCUUUGGCUAUGUGGGCAUCGAAGCCGUGCUGGAUCAGAUGAGACACAAGGCGAUGAAGACUGGCUUUGAGUUCAAUGUCAUGGUUGUAGGUCAGAGUGGUCUCGGAAAGUCAACGCUGAUGAACACCUUGUUUAAGUCCAAAGUGAGCAGAAAGUCUUGUACGCCAGAUUAUGAGGAAAAAAUCCACAAGACAGUCCACUUGCAGUCUGUAAGCCAUGUCAUUGAAGAAAAAGGAGUGAAGAUGAAGCUGACUAUAAUCGACACCCCAGGUUUUGGAGACCAGAUUAACAAUGAAAACUGCUGGGAUCCAAUUGAGAAGUACAUCAAUGUGCAGUAUGAGGAAUACCUGAAGGAGGAGCUCAGCAUCAACAGGAAGAGAAGAAUCCCAGACACCCGAGUCCACUGCUGCGUCUACUUCCUGCCUCCAUCCGGACACUGGUUACGUCCCAUAGAUGUGGAGUUCAUGAAGAGGCUGGGGAAGAUCGUGAACAUCGUCCCUGUCAUCGCCAAGGCGGACACCCUAACCAUCGAGGAGAGGCUCGAGUUCAGGGACAGGAUUAAAAGAGACCUUGAAGCCUAUGAAAUCAGUGUUUACCCCCAGAAAGAGUACGAUCAAGAUGUCGAGGACCAGAUACUCAACGAUAAAAUUAGGGAAAAAAUCCCCUUUGCCGUGGUGGGUACAGAUAAAGAGCACCAGGUGAAUGGCAACAAAAUCUUGGGCAGGAAAACUAAAUGGGGCAUCAUCGAAGUCGAAAACGUCGCACACUGUGAAUUUUCCGAUUUGAGAGAUCUGCUAAUAAGAUCCCACCUGCAAGAUUUAAAAGACAUCACGCACAACAUCCAUUACGAGACCUACAGGGUGAGGAGACUGAACGAAAUCAAAAUGAAUGGAAUAGGACUUUCUCCUCUGAUGUUGGUGAACAGUGGCUCGGAAAAGGAUGAUGCUGGGAACCACGUGUGAGGGGGAGAGGAAGGCACGAAACAUUGCAGCACCCUGCUCUGCUCCAGUCUACUUUAUGACCUUGCUGGGUAUGGAUGCUCCAAUAUGAAAAACUUUUGAAAAAAAAAAAAAAUAUUGUAAUGGAUCACACCACAGAAAGUGUUGUUGUUGUACAUUGUUGCUAUAGCACACAUUUUUAUCAUCAGUUAAUAUGCAUGUUGUGUAACCUGUGAAACAGAUGCUUAAAGUCAGAGCAUGCCGAGAACAUGUGCUCGUACACUGUGUGUCGCACCCAGUCGAUUGUCUAAGCUUGUGACAAAUUAUACACAGGUUUACCCUAUGGGGGGGCUUAAGUGAUUCAGAUUAUCAACGCAUUUGCAAUCAGUAAAACCACUAACACCCAUGCCAGGUAGUGGAUGUAACCAAGAAUUUCUGUUAUACCUUCAUCCUCAAUAGGUUUAAUGAGUUGUGUUGUGUUUACUUCAUCCUUUAAGCUCUUAAAGAGGGCAUUGAUGCAGUACUUAAGUGUGUCUUCUGGCAUCUUUUGAUACAAAAGUUAUGCGUAUUGCAGUAUUCAGAGUUGUGUUUACUUAGAAAUGUUUUUAUUUGUGCUCAAAAACUGGAGACUUUUUAUACAAUAUUAAAAAUCCUUGUCCUUAAUAUACCCUUUUGUAACAAACGUGUUUGGCAGUGUUGAAAUUGGUGUGCUGUAUUUGUGUUCAGGAUGUUCCCUUUUUAUCAUCUGGAAAAGGAAAUGAGGAGGAGAACCCGUGACCUCAUUGUCCUUCUGAGGCUUCAAAUGUGUUAAAUGCUGCUCUGCUCAAUAACAAGAGCAAAACCUUUUGCGAUUUAGUCGUUUGAAGUCUAUCUACUUACCAGGUGCCUUGCAGUUCCGAACAUUUUCACUGCUGGUCUUUAAUUCCCCAGAACAUUACAUAAAGCCAGAAGUACGUUCUGACAUUUCUACUGUACAAGGACUACACUCUUUAUUAUUUAUACAGUAUUUGCGUCCUCUAUCUUUCUACAAUUUUAUUAACAGCUCAGAUUUAUGUGCCAUGAUAUGAAACAGCAACAAUAUUUGAUUGAAAAUGGCGAUGUCAAAUUACUAUAAUCAUGGCAUGUUCUGCAACUGCAAUCUAACACCAUAGCCAAAACACACCAGACAUGAGGCAGUUUUCCUUACGAAAGUUUCUGCUGUUUUUGGUAGAAACUAUGGUGCCCGAGGUAGAAGCAGGUAGCUAAUACCGACACCGCCUGUGGAGACGUUUGGCGAUGUUUGAUUAAUUACGUUUAUAAUACUUUAUAAACAGGUAGCACAAGAGGUUGAGCUGCUGUCUCAUAGUACCUAGCCUCUUCUGGCGUGGGUUCCAAUCCGGCUCAGUCUGUGUAGUCUACAAGUUCUCCCCAUGCUUAGGU